AUGUUCGAAGAGCGUUUUGCAAAGCGCUACAUUCAGCAAUAUCAAUCCAAAAUUGACCUGGUUUCAAAUGCGCCAUCAGACACGGAGAUCCAGACGUCAACACAUUCACUGGCAUCUGCUACUUUUCAAAACACCAGCGGAAAAUCGGCAAUAACGCAGUUAACAACAACAACAACAACGAUAACAACAGCAGUACAAAGCAGUGUUCGUCAGACCGGUGGUCCUGAGAACGAAGCGGUUCAAAACGGAGCAGAAUUUCAAAAAGCUGUCGGAGGAGGUAAAUUUGUGCUAGUCCUAAGUGCUUCAAAUUAUGCUGACUAA